CCAGAAAGCCACCAAAACGACCACGGCGUGACAUUUAUUCACGUGUGCUCUGCCAAACUUCCCGAAAUAGUGUGCGUCACCUUCCUGGGCAGGUUCUACCAGAGCCUUAAGGACAAUGACGUUGAGUUCACGCCUGCCAGUAUUGAGAAGGAGCUCCUGAAGUCCUGCAAGGAGGCAAAAGGCAAAGAGAACCGGCUGUGCUACUACAUUGGGGCCACAAGUGAUGCAGCUACCAAAAUCAUUAACGAGGUCUCGAAACCCAUGAGUCACCACAUCCCCGUGGAAAAGAUCUGCGAGAAACUCAAGAAGAAAGACAGCCAGAUCUGUGAACUAAAAUACGACAAGCAGAUCGACCUGAGCACGGCGGACCUGCGCAAGCUGCGCGUCAAGGAGCUGCGCCGCAUCCUCGACGACUGGGGCGAGACGUGCAAGGGCUGCGCCGAGAAGGCCGACUUCAUCCGCAGGAUCCACGAACUCAUGCCCAAGUACGCGCCGCGCGCCGCCGGCGCCCGCGCCGACCUCUGAGGGACCGCGGGGGGACGGGACCGGGACCGGGAUUGGGAUCGGGAAUGGGCGGGGGGGGCGCGCGCUGUAACGGACCUCCAUUAAAGUAACGGUUGUGGCGGG